UUAUUCUUACAUGUUUGUUAUGAUUGGUUGCUUGCGGUGAUAUACUUACAGAUAUGCCUUUCUGCUGAGCUAUGGGGCGGGACAACGCAGAAGUGGUGGUCGUAGCUAUUUAUGGGUAGAUUAAAGAUUUGCCUCCGUAUGGAUUAAUUUUAACACCAGAAAAGUUUCCAUUGAACGAAGAAUACGUUCACCAGCUACCAAACAUUUGGAAAAUUCUCGACCUGGCUUCAAGUUUAACAGUCCCGGAGACCCUACCCAGCAAAGUAAAGAAACGUGACAUGCCACAUCAGUGAUGGAGACCAUGGCUGUGAGCACGUCUGUGGUGGGGCCUGAUGAGUUUGACCGCAACGCGCCGCGGAUCUGUGGCGUCUGUGGAGACAAGGCCACAGGCUUCCACUUCAACGCCAUGACCUGUGAGGGCUGCAAAGGCUUCUUCAGACGCAGCAUGAAGCGUAAGGCCAGUUUCACCUGCCCCUUCAACGGCAGCUGCACCAUCACCAAGGACAACCGGCGACACUGCCAGGCCUGCCGGCUCAAACGCUGCGUGGACAUCGGCAUGAUGAAGGAGUUCAUCCUGACAGAUGAGGAGGUGCAGAGGAAGAAGGACCUGAUCCAGAAGAGGAAGGAGGAAGAGGCGGCGCGGGAGGCCUUGAGACCUAGGCUGAACGACGAGCAGAGCCAGGUCAUCGCCUCAUUGGUGGAGGCCCACCACAAGACCUAUGAUGACUCCUACUCUGACUUCUCACGCUUCAGGCCCCCAGUGCGAGAGGGCCCAGUAACACGCAGUGCCAGUCGUGCAGCCUCCCUUCACUCUCUGUCAGAUGCCUCCUCAGACUCCUUCAACCACUCACCAGAGUCUGUGGACACCAAGCUGAUGAACUUCAGCAGUCUGUUGAUGAUGUACCAGGAUAGUGCAGGCAGCCCAGACUCCAGUGAGGACGAUGGCUCCAAGCUCUCUAUGCUGCCCCACCUGGCUGACCUGGUCAGCUACAGCAUCCAGAAGGUCAUCGGCUUCGCUAAGAUGAUUCCUGGCUUCAGAGGGCUGACUGCUGAGGACCAGAUCGCCCUGCUGAAAUCCAGUGCCAUCGAGAUCAUCAUGCUGCGUUCCAACCAGUCCUUCAACCUAGAGGACAUGUCCUGGAGCUGUGGUGGUGGUCCUGACUUCAAGUACUGCGUCAACGACGUCACCAAGGCGGGUCACACUCUGGACCUGUUGGAGCCACUGGUGAAGUUCCAGGUGGGCCUGAAGAAACUCAAGCUCCAUGAGGAGGAACACGUGCUGCUCAUGGCCAUCUGCCUGCUGUCUCCAGAUCGACCUGGGGUGCUGGAUCACGCUAAGAUCGAGGUUCUCCAGGACCGUCUGUCGGAGGUGCUCCAGGCCUACAUCAGAGUGAACCACCCAGGAGGACGGCUGCUCUACGCCAGGAUGAUCCAGAAGCUGGCCGACCUGCGCAGCCUCAACGAGGAGCACUCCAAGCAGUACCGCUCGCUGUCCUUCCAGCCAGAGCACAGCAUGCAGCUCACCCCGCUGGUGCUGGAGGUGUUUGGGAGCGAGGUGUCAUAGCAGCCCCUCUGACCCCUCCCCAUGAGGGACCCCCAAGAUGGCGUUGAGUUGCUGGAUGGAGGGUUCAGCGAUGGAAGGGUAUCUGAGGGGGGAUAGCUGAAUGGACCUGAUAGUGUCACUGUCAAAGAAGGUUUUAGGGGGUUAAUUAGGGGAUUAUGGGUAAAGAGAGUGAGGGGCUUUGAUAAGGUUGGAAUUUCCCAUUGAUAA